AUGGGCGGGCAGGAGGAGCAUGCGGAGGAGAUACGGCGGCUGCUGCACUGCGCCGCCACGAAAGCCGAUGCCUUUGCCAUUCUGCAACUGGAUGCUCAGUCGUGCGAGCUGGCCGACAUCAACCGCAGCUUCCGCAAGAUCGUGCUUAAGGUCCACCCCGACAAGUGCACACUCGCAAAGGCCGCAGACGCGUUCCACGUCGCGGAGAACGCACACAAGCUGCUCAGCAACGAGGCCAUUCUCGUACGGCUUAAGAUUGCACACCAGAAAAAGAAGGAGAAGGAGGCCGCGCUGAAGGAAGAGGCGGCCCGGCGCCAGGCUAGUGCCACCACAAUGAGCAGCAGCGGCGGUGGCGGUGUUACUGGCUCCGCAGACGAGGCGAAUCUGUCGAAGGAGGAGCGGGUGCGGCGGCGGCGGCGCGACCAGCUGGUGGAGCAGCAGCUAGAGGCCGCCCGGCUUGCGGAGGAGGCGGCACGGAAGAAACAGCGUGUGGAGCGCGAGACAAAGGAGCGCGCUGAACUCGCGACGGAGUUGGAGCGGCAGCGAAAAGAGUGGAAGGAUUUGAACCUAUUCUGA